AUGGCACAGGUCUGGCGCAGCGCGAUGGUGCGCCUGCCGCAGAAGCGGCUUCUCCGCGUCGAGGGCGCGGACGUCGUCAAGUUCCUCCAAGGUAUCUUCUCCAACGACAUGCAAGCAUUUGCGACGCGUGGCGACGCGCGCUACGGCGGCUUCCUCAACCACAAGGGGCGGCUCCUCGGCGACGCCGAGAUUGUCCAGACCGCGCACGACACGUUCUUCAUUGCGUGCGACGAAGCUGUCUCGAAUGAUAUGCUCAAGCACCUCAAGAAGUACAAGCUCCGCUCCAAGGUCAAGUUUGACGCAGUCGAAAACGACUUUGCGCUGCACGCCAUCUUGCCGUCGCUCACGGCCACGAACGACGAGCUCGCACGCGUCCAGCAGUGGAAGGAGAGCGUCAACCAAGAUGCGUCCAACGACGCGCUGGCGUAUUCGGACCCGCGUGGCGACGUCUUUGGCUUGAAGGCGAUCCUGCCAGCCGCCACGUCAUUGGCGCUCCCCGAGGGCUUCGCGCAAGACGACGACGCAAGCACGCUGUACCGUGACCGUCGCAUACUCCUCGGUGCAUGCGAAGGGUUGGAGCACUUGGAUGCGAUUCCGCUCGAGCAAAACUUUGACAUGCUGCACGGCGUGUCGUUCACCAAGGGGUGCUACGUCGGCCAAGAGCUCACAGCGCGGACGCACUACAAGGGUAGCAUUCGCAAGCGCCUCGUGCCCGUGCUCUUCUUGCCUGCUGCGGCGCCCGCGGGCUUCUCGCUCGCGGACGGCAUGCACGACGCCUCGUGGAUGACGCAGGUGACGGCGAUGAUCCCGUCGGGUGUCGACGUUGGUAGCCACAUCCUGCGCGCCGACACGGAGGCGCGCGUUGGCAAGAUCGCGACCGUCGCCGCAGGCGUCAACGCUGCCGUGGCCAUGAUGCGCAUGGAGCACUUGACAACGGAGCCGAUGGACUUCGUGACCAAGGACGCAGCGUACCACGUGCUGCCGUACGUGCCGUCGUGGUGGCGCCCCUUGGACGCCAGCACUGGCAAGCCCGUCCAAGACUAG